AUGGCAUCUUUGGCGGAGCUUCUUGAACCUACCCGAGCGCUAUGCGUUGGUAUAACAUUUGUCUUGCUAUACCUUCUUGGGGGCGCCGUUUAUCGUCUGUAUUUCAGUCCACUUGCGAGCUUUCCGGGACCAAAGCUCGCUGCCCUUACGCUUUUUUAUGAAUUCUAUUUCGACGUCGUCAAGCGUGGGCAAUUUACAUUUCAUAUCAGAGAGCUACAUCAAAAAUACGGGCCUAUCAUCCGCAUCAACCCGUAUGAGCUCCAUAUCGAUGACCCGGAUUUCUACGAUGUGCUCUACAGCGGCCCCAGCAAGAAGCGCGACAAGUAUGCGUGGUCGACUAAAAUGUUUCCAAACAGCAGCAGCGUCUUCUCAACCGUCACCCAUGAACUGCAUCGCAUGCGUCGUACCGCGUUGAAUCCCUACUUUUCCAAGCAGUCUAUCACCAAGCUCGCACCCGCCACCAUCAUACCAGCUAUCGAGAAAAUGUGCCACCGCCUCGAAGGAUUUCGGGAGAGUAAGGAGCCUGUGAACCUGGAGGCUGCAUUCGUGUCCCUUACGACCGAUAUCAUUACGGAUUAUAGCUUUGGGAAAAGCUAUGGCUUCCUGGAUCGUCCGGGGUUUGCCCCUGAGUGGUUAAGAUUACAGCUACAGAUGUCGGAGUUUACACUGCUGAACAAACAGUUGCCGUAUCUGUUUCCGAUUAAAAAGAGGCUGUCGUUGUGGUUGAUGAAAUUCAAAAGUUCAUGCUCAGUCGAAAAUAUUGUGGCCCACAUCAUGCCUGUUGUGAAUGGGCGGAGAGAAAACAACAAAACUGCUACGCGUCACUCCAUAUUCCACGAGCUGCUUGACAGCGAUUUGCCAGCCUCGGAAAAGACAGUGCCACGUCUCAUCGAUGAAGCGCUUACCAUCGUUGCGGCCGGUUCCAAUACCACAGCGCAAUUCCUCAAAACAACCUCCUUUCAUGUACUCGCCAACCCGCCAAUCCUGACAAAGCUCCGUGCAGAGCUUCAAGGCAUUGCGUCCAACCCUGCAGAGCUACCGUCGCUUCGAGACCUCGAACACAUGCCCUACCUUAAUGCCGUAGUCAAGGAGGGGUUUCGCAUCAGCUAUGGCAUCACCUCCCGCCUUACCCGCAUUGCCCCAAACGAGGACCUGGUAUUCAACAAUUAUAUUAUCCCAGCCGGCACUCCUGUCGGCAUGACCUCUAUCCUGACUCACGAAAACCCGAGACUGUUUCCAGAACCCAAGGUCUUCAAGCCAGAACGUUGGCUGGAGCCUGGAGCGCAACGGCUGGAGAAAUACCUUGUGAACUUCAGCAAGGGGACUAGGGCAUGUUUGGGGAUGAACUUGGCGCGAGCAGAAAUCUUUUUGACGUUGGCGGCGCUGUUUGGAGGAAGGUUUGAGUUGGAGUUGUUGGAGACGGACAGAAGCGACGUCGACGUGAAACAUGACUUUUUCAACCCGAGCGCGAGGCUAGAUUCAAAGGGCGCGAGGGUGCUGGUGCAUUGA